AUGAAGGUCAGACCGGCAGCCCAGGGCUGGGCAGCCGCCGGGCGGGUCGCGUUGCUGGCCGUGCUCCUGCCGCUGUGCUGGCGGGCGGCGGCGGAGCGGCUCCGCUACUCCAUCCCCGAGGAGCUGCCCAGAGGCUCGCUGGUGGGGCCGCUGGCCCGGGACCUGGGGCUCAGCGCCGACGAGCUGCCGGCGCGCAAGCUGCGGAUAGUCGCUGGUGACGAAAAGCAGUACUUCACUCUCGGGGAAGGUAAUACAAAUCUGCGGGUGAACGAGAGGAUAGACCGAGAGGGCAUCUGCGGGGCCGUGUCGCCCUGUGUCCUCCGCCUGGAGGCAGUCAUGGAGAACCCUUUCGACAUGUUUCAUGUGAGCGUUACUAUCCAGGAUAUCAAUGACAACGCGCCGCGGUUCAACAAAGAAUUUGUUACCAUAGAAAUGAUCGAGUCGACGCCUCCUGGGAGCAGGUUCACACUGGGCAGUGGCAGAGACCCCGACAUUGGGGCAAACUCUUUACAGAAGUACGAACUUACCCCCAAUCCACUCUUCUCCCUCUUAGUGAGGGAGAGCCCUGAUGGGACGAAACACGCGGAACUGGUACUGGAGAAAAACUUAGACCGAGAGAAACAGAGAAAUCACCAUUUGAUACUGACGGCGCUGGAUGGCGGGGAUCCGGUCCGAUCCGGGACAGCCCAGAUUAAGAUUAACGUGACAGACGCAAAUGACAACCCACCAGUAUUCACCAAAGAGAUCUACAAGGUUCGACUGAUGGAAAACAUGCCAGAGGGCUCCUUAGCUUUUCAGGUGAAAGCUACUGACAGUGACGAAGGUACAAAUGCAGAAAUCACCUACUCUUUCAGUGACAUCGCAGACAGUGGUCGCCAGCUCUUCUCUCUGGACCCCAGGACAGGGGAUGUGAAGGUUACAGGCCCCUUAGAUUAUGAAGAAGGGAAAUAUUAUGAAGCGACUGUUGAAGGCAAGGAUGGGGGUGGACUCACUGCACAAGCCAAAGUACACAUAGACAUUACAGACGUAAAUGACAAUGUGCCAACCAUUUCUCUCCUGCCUAUCUUGAACCCAAUACCCGAAGACUCAGUCCCGAGCACAGUUGUAGCUGUGAUCAAUGUUCGUGACAGAGACUCGGGAGAAAAUGGAGAAGUGAGCUGUAACAUGGACGGAAAUCUGCCUUUCAGAUUGGAAAUGUCGUCAGAGAACACCUAUAAACUAAUAAUAGCCAGUGCCCUGGACAGAGAAACAGUGUCCACUUACAAUAUCACCAUCACUGCAAGGGACCGGGGCAGCCCGGCUCUGUGGAGCAGCACGGAGCUGGUGCUGGAGGUGUCGGACGUGAACGACAACGCGCCGGUGUUCGAGGAGGCGUCGUACAGCGCGUACGUGCGGGAGAACAACCCGGUGGGCGCGCUGGUGUUGCGCGUUGUCGCUCGGGACUUGGACGCCGCUUGGCCGCCGCCGCCGCUGCCCAUCGUGCCCGCGGAGGAGCUUGUGGCCGGGGAGCCCUGCGAGAAGCCGAGUCCGAGCAGCAACGCCGUCGUGGAACAGCCGCUUGUCGACCCCGACGUACCACAGGUCAGUCAAUCCAUUCUCUUCGAGCUCUUCCUAACUAUUGACCUCUUUUCUUCUGUGUUUCCCGAGUUCCUGUACUUCAUGAAUGGAAAAGUGAUAGGUUCUCCAUCCAAACUGAAAGAAGAGAGUGUCACCUACAUUUUGCGGGAUUGGUUGCAGCAGCGGGACGUCUUAACUUUUCCUGACUUUAUUUUUCCGUCCUGUGCCGGGAGGAGGCUGCGGGCGCCGCUGUUGACCGAGAGGAGCGAGAGGAAGGUCGGAGAGCUGCAGCCCCGCCCGCUGCGGCCCGGCUCGAUCGGCCUCCCGGUGUCUGGCUCGGAGGCCGGGCGGUUUGCGACAGUCCCCACGCUGCGGAACCGUGCUGAAGAGACACAGAGAGCCCGGCGGCAGCGGCUGGGAGCGGCGAGCCGGAGCUGCACCGUGAGCCCGAUCGGUGAGCGGCGGCGGGAGCUCUCGACGAAGUUGCGGCAAUGGCAGGUCUCCAACAAGGAGAUGAACUGUGUAUGUAGAAUGAUGAUGGUCUUCCUGCUUGCAGAGGACUCUUUCAGUGGGGACACCUGUGGGAAGUGGAGCCCCAACAUUAGCACAGGAUAG